GCGUGAACCCAGACCUCCCGAUAUUUACGAGUCACACCUGCAAAAAAAAAAAAUGAUUUGAGUGUGUAUUUUGAGUUUUUUUAGAAAUACAAAAAGAACAUGCUUUCUGCCAUUUGAUAGUUAGGUUGAAGCUUCAACUCCGUUUCCCUGCCGGAGACGAUGAUGAAUCGCACAGCUUUCAUCAAAUUCAGAGGUAACAACUCCUUCCUUCUUCAUUCUCUCUCAUCUUUCCAAUCCGGUACUCACAAAGCUUCCCUUCACUCCAAUGUUUCCUUUUUGAUUCAUAAAAUUACCAACUUGAAUGAUGCCUUGGAACUGUUCGAUGAAAUGUCACACAGACAGCCUUUGCCAUCUGUUGUUCACUUCACUCAGUUGUUGAAUGCUGUUACUAAAAUGAAACAUUUUUCUUCUUCUCUUGACCUUUUCAAACAAAUGUGUUCCCUUGGUGUCCCUGUUAAUGAAUAUUCUAUGAGCAUUGCAAUCAAGUGUUGUUGCCAGUUGUAUCGCUCCAAAGACGGGUUUGCAGUCCUAGGCUGUUGCUUUAGGCGAGCUAUUGCACCUGAUGUCUACAUAUUUAAUGCACUCUUAGACGGACUCGUCCUUGAAGAUAGGAUUCUUGAAGCAGAGAUGUUAUUCAAGAAGCUCAUCAAACAAAAACUUUGUGAACCUGAUGUUGUUAUGUACAGCACAAUGAUUAAAGGCCUUUGCAAGUUCGGUAACAACGUUACAGCACUUGCUUUGCUCAGGCUGAUGGAACAAACAAACUGCAAGUCUAAUAUUGUUACGUACAACACCAUCAUUGAUAGUCUUUGCAAGGAUAAAAUGAUAGAUGAUGCUUUCAAGCUCUUUAAAGAAAUGGUAUUUAGGGAAGGCAUUCUACCAGAUGUCAUCACAUACAACACUUUAAUUUGUGGUCUCUGUAAGUUAGGUCGUUGGGAUGAGGCCUCAAAGCUGCUAAAAGAAAUGGAGGAUGAGAACAUUUCUCCAAAUGUACAUACCUUUAAUGUAUUAGUUGAUGCGUUUUGCAAGGAAGGCAAAGUAGAAGAAGCUGAGGUUGUUAUCAGCAUCAUGAUUGAGAGAGGUAAGGCUCUAGACUUAGUGACAUACAACUCACUUAUUGAUGGUUACUGUCUUCGAGGGGAAAUGAUCAAAGCAAGGGAGAUUUUUGAUUCCAUUACACUUAGAGGCCUCAUUCCUGAUGUUGUUACUUACAAUAGUUUAUUGAAUGGCUAUUGCAAGAAUCGGAAUAUAGAAGAGGCAAUGCAAAUGUUUCAUGAAAUGAUUGUAAAAGGUUUAAAACCCGAUGUAGUCACUUACAGCACCAUGAUACAAGGAUUUUUUCAGGUUGGGCGUUGUGUAGCUGCGCGCAAACUCUUUGAUGAGAUGCAUGCACAAGGCCAAAUCCCAGACCAAUGCACUUAUCGAAUAGUUCUAGAGGGUCUUUGCAACAACCAUCUAGUAGAGGAUGCGUUCUCUUUGUUUCAUUUGGUGGGUAACAGCAAGCUUAAUUCUGAUAUUGUUGUGUACAAUAUCCUCAUCAAUGGUGCAGGAAAAUAUGGGAAAGUAGAUGUUGCGAGGAUUCUUUUCCAAGGUCUAAUUGAUAAAGGCCUGCAACCUAAUGUUCGUACAUAUAACGUGAUGAUCAGUGGUUUUUGUCGGGGAGGUCAAUUGGGGGAAGCAAGGUUGUUGUUUUUUAAAAUGGAAGAGAGUGGCUGCCCGCCAGAUGAUGUUACUUACCGUGUUUUACUCCAAGGAUAUCUAAAGAACAGGCACUAUGAUGAUGUGGAGAUGCUUUUACAGGAAAUGGAUGGUAGAGGUUACUCACUUGAUGCUUCGACUUUAUCGUUAUUUAUAGAUCAUAUCGCAGCUGGUUUACUAGAUAGAAGUAUGCUUAAGUUGUUCGGUAAGCUUGUGCCAAAAGAAUUAUUGAACGAUCCUAGGUUGUGCGACUGGGAGUGAAACUGAGAUAGUAAUUGUGGGAUGUAAAAUGAAGAUUAUAACUUGCAAAAUGCGGAAAGCAAGAAAUCUCUACCAAAUUCUAUUUGGUGUUCAUGUGUUUGGUAGUUUGUAAAAGCUAGCCGCGACAUCUUCUUUGUGUUUUACUUUUUGCUUCUGGAUACAUGAUGUUUCAAAGUUUAUCAAUUUAUAUGGUAGUUUGAGUUUAAUAUAACUAUGUAGGUGUCUUAGCUUGAUCCUAAUUCAGACAAGGUUACUAGUAUGCUAUCAUAUUGCCUUUUCACUUCUUCUGCUCAACCCUUUAGAGUACUGCACGCAGGUACUGUUGCUGAGAUAAAAAAAAAACAAUGCAUUGUUCUUAGGCUAUGGAUUUUAUCAGGUAUCCAAAUCGUUAUGUAGCAUAAUAAGAGAAUCUGCAAAUAGGUAUUUGCUCCUUUAGUGUUCUUUUGAUGUGAUAAUUCCAGCAAGAUGCUUCUUAAAGAUGCAUGCUCCUUUAGUGUUCUUGUAAUUAUAAAUCUAUGCUUUCUGUUUGAUAGCUGCCAAAUGUUAAUCGAAAGAAAUAGUACCCAAAUCUAUUAAAUCUUUACAUCAUUUAAUGUACUUUAGUGAACUGAUGUAUUGAUAUGGAUUAAGAGGUUUCUUGGUACCUGACGUGAUGGCUUUUAUAUCAUUUAGUGUAUCUAAUUUUGUGUUAAAAAAAAACCUGACCCGAAACCCGUUCUGACCCGAAACCCGUUCUGACCCGAAACCCGUUCUGACCCGAAACCCGUUCCGACCCGAACCCGUUCCGACACGAACCCGUUUUGACCCGAACCAAAACAUGAAAACAACCCUUUUUUUAAUUGACCCGAGCCCAUUUUGACCCGAACCGCUUUGACCCAUGACCCGACCCGACCCAACCCAACCCGUUUGCCAGGUCUAGGCGUGGGUUUUAUUAGCAAUCUAGUUCUUUGUGUAGUAUGCAAGCACCUGCAAAUAGGUUUGUUUCUUCUCAAUUUUGAUGUGCCCAGAUUUCUUUACCAGUAACUGACCAAUUUGCUUGUCAAGUUUCACAAUUGACUUCUCGCUGGGCCAUAAUGCCAAAUUGAUGGUUUCUAUGUGGAUAUCUUUCAUUAUGAACCAAAUUGUAUGUUUUUUUUUAAAUAGAGUCACUAUGUUCUUGAGUGUUCUUUUGAUGCGUUAGUUUCAGAAAGGUGUCUGAAAAGACACAUGAAUGAUGAGAAUUCAGAAGCAAUAUUAGCCGGAAAGGACAUGAUGCAGGAGCAGUUGAACCCAACAAUAUUCUAGUCACUUCCAAAGGAACAGGGUUUUCAAAGAGGAGGUAGAGGUUGAGAGAGAGCAGAGCCGUGGUCUCCCGCUGGACCUUGGCGGUGGUGAUGGUCGGGUGGUUUUGACGCGGCAAACGGUAGAAGGUGGUGGUGGUUAAGGGUUCCGCUUCCCAUUUUCCAUUUUCUUUCGUAGUAAGAGAGAGAGAGAGAGAGAGAGAGAGCAGCGAUCGACAGAGAGAGAGAGAGGAGCGGCGGUGAUGGAAAAACCGGCCACGUCUCCGACCGGCCACCCUCGCGUCGAAUUGGUGGUGGUGGUUGACGGCGACCGUGACGGCUGUGGCUUCUAGGAUUCCGUCGAGGGUACCAAUUUCUCUCAUCGGACGAUCUAGAGACAGAAUGGGAAACUUGAAGGUGAUCUUGAACAACCGCUACGUCAGAGACUUGAAUUGGUUCCGACACGAAUGGGAAGGUUACUUACAGGAGUCACCAUUGGAGUGGUUAUAGCUGGAGGGGUUUAUGCCAGCAUGGUUGACGAAGCGUCCCAUUCGGGUACUUAAUUUGCUUUUGGGAUGAUGGGCAUGAUGUACAACAAAGGAUACAUAAUUAUCAUUGUUUUAAGUUGAUUGAGAGCGUAUAUGAUCGAUAGAAUCUGAGGUGCAGUAGAAGCAUUUUCUAGAAGAAAUUUGUCAGGUGGCGCCCGACAAUGUUUCACGAAACCAGAUUUCUGAUGAUUUACCGUCAUCAAAAUAUGUGUUUCCUAAUUCUGAGAUAAUCCGGUCCUCUCAAAAUAUCAAGAUAGGGAUUUUUCGAAACAGGCUGCCACCGCUGGCAGCAGACCAGGCUCCUCAGCGAUGUGGGUUAGAAUAUAAGUUAAGGGAAGGGAUAAGACGUAAACGUGUACUAGACGAGGAAGGCGCCAAUGAGUUGUGCAGGUUCGUGUAUGAACUGUGAAGACCAGAAUCAAGUCGCGUCUCAAAGAGGACGCGUGAAGAAUGAUGACACAGGGAACCGCUUUUGGGAGGGCUACAACCUAGGAACAUUAUGCAGCCGAAACUAACAUAAGCCGGAACGCCUAUCGCCACCGUGUACCAGAAAUGUACAAUUGGGAAACCUCUUUUCUACCAAUUAUCUUCCUAAUGCAACUGGUGUU